UUGCAGCUCAAGCUUGGAGAGUUUUGAUACGUGAUGGUGAAUGCGGUCAAAGGAUUGUACCUAUCAUGUGAUAUACCUAUGACUCAGUUUAUUAUCAAUAUGAAUGCUUCAUUGCCACAAUCACAAAAGUUCAUCAUACAUGUUUUGGACAAUACACAUCUGUUUGUUCGAUCUGAUAUGGCUGGAAUGAUUCGUAGUGCUAUUUCAGAUUUCAGAGACGCAAACACAUAUGAGAAGCCUGCUUAGUGCUGUUUGACGAAGUUCAGCCAUCUGCCAUCCGUGUGUGCUCACCAGAUGCCUUGUUACCAUGUACAAUAAUUCCUAGUAAAGAAGUUAACCAUUUUCGAAAAAGGAACAUAUAGUAUGUCUCAUGUUGUUCGUUCUGAAAUGAUUCGUCACUUUUGACAGAUGUACUUAUGGAAAGACAUUUGAAGUUCAACCUUCAAUUUGGUAAAACUGCAAGUGAUAUCAUAUUCUAUUUCUGGACA